GAUUUGAUUUUACCUCAUGCAGUUCUAUGACAAGUUUAAUAUUUGCCAUAACUUUGCUGAACUUCUGAAGUACCUAUGGAAUGUGUCUAGCCAUUGCAAUGCAUGGAGGCAGAUUGCAAGAGAAGAGGAGAAGGGAGUGUAUUUGAACUUUCUGAAUUUCUUGAUCAAUGAUGGCAUCUAUCUUCUUGAUGAAAAUCUUAAUAAAAUCCCUGAAGUCAAAGGGAUAGAAGCUGAGAUGGCUAAUACUGCAGAGUGGGAGCGAAGACCAGCUCAAGAGAGGCAGGACAGGACACGCACCAUGCAUCAAAGGAAGGCAGAGAUGUCCCGCCAUUCCAACGCUUUCAUCGCAUUACCAGGUAGAUUCAGAGAACGUGGAAACACAGACCCAGCUGAGCCGUACAUCAAUAAAAAAAAUGUUCAUGUGAAAUUCAAGUUGCAGAGGGCAUGUCAGUUCGACGAGCAGUUUCUCAUUGUCGAGGAUGAUCCAUUUUUGGCUUGUGGGACCCAGCAAAUGCUAUACUGCUGGAUUGGUCGGAAGGCCAUGUCUGGACUAUUGGACUGUUCCCCAGUUUGCCAGACCAUAGAGAAAGAAUUGGGGAAGCCCAUGGAUGCUCUUUUCGUAGAUUUUUCUGAAGAACCUCUUGCCACUGCAUCUAUAGCGCAAGUUCACCGUGCGACUCUCAACAAUGAGCGGGAGGUGGUUGUUAAAGUCCAACAUGAGGGCAUCAAGGAGGUCAUAUUAGAGGACUUGAAGAAUGCAAAGUCAAUAGUGGACUGGAUAGCAUGGGCUGAACCGCAAUAUGACUUCAACCCAAUGAUAGAUGAGUGGUGCAAGGAGGCACCAAGGGAACUUGACUUCAACUCUGAAGCUGCUGAACCCUUCAAUACUCCAGUUAAUCCUGUUGCUCUGGGAAUCCCUGUAAGUAUGCUUUGUAAUUAA